CAUUAUGAUCACGUGACUGGAGGUCCGACGGCGAUUGAUAAGGAAUCCCUCCCGGUCGGCGUUCAUGCAUCCAUCAUCCUGCGAGGAGUACUGCAUGAUUCCUUCCAUGAAGUAAUGACAAGUCCAGAAAAGUUCAGAAAAGUCCAGAUUUGCCAGCAAGUGUCUGUUUUUUCCCGACGCCAUUCAUACCUCUCGAUAGCCUCCAGGGAGGGAGUGAUACCUGAGGCUCUCCAUAAGCGUGCCAUUGAACCCGCUCGGCCACCACUGCAUCCUCCCAGCCAUGCAGAAGAUACCUCUGAAUCCUCCUCCCCUCGAGGAAUUAGCGGGAGUAAUUGAACGUGCACUUCAGACCAACUUUGACUUUGGUCAUGCUGAAGUAGUGCAAUGCCCCGACCUGCGUCAACCGCCAUUCCAACUCGCGGCUGCCGGCCUCUCCGGCUCCCCGCGCAUCAGCGAUGUCGGCGGCCAACACCAUCUGUUCCCGACCCCACGACUCGACAAGAGGUACUCCCUCCUCUCCAUCGCUCAGCAGAUGGAGAUGUCCCCCACUGGUGGCUUUCUGAUCGGCGCGGGCGCCGCCCCUUUCUACGAGCUGGGCCAGAACGCCGAGCUGGCGCCCAAUCUGGCCUGGCGAGCGAAGACCCUCCCCUCCCCACCCGGGGAUAAGACUCCACCACCCACAUUCACCGAUCCAUCCUCACUCAUCAUCACCAACGGCACACGGAUCAUCGAGAUCGACUCCAGCCGCGACGAUAUCGAACCACAGCCGCGCACGACCAUUUCCGCCACGACCAAUUGCGCCCUGAUGGUCAACCUGUACGGAUGCGAGGGUCAGCCCGGCCCGGUGAUCAAGGUCACCGCACGGACGCGAACCGGCUGCCAGAACUUGACAACCUGCAUCCGCCGGGGCAUUGAGGAAGAGUAUGGCGAUGGGCGCCCCGUUUCACUGGGCGGAGUCUUUUUGCUCAAGGCAGGCAGCGCCAGGUUUCACAUCAUGCCGGACUUUCCGACGGAGCUGCCCUUCCGCGACCGCGCCCAGCUCGAGCAGGAAUGGCUCACCUACCAUGCGUUUGAGGCGCCCGUCGUGUGCUUGACCGUCCUGCACAGUGCGGAUCCCGCGGGGCUGGGGCUGCGCAUGGAGCAUACGCAUUGCUUCGAGACGGAGGGGAGUCGGAAGGGGGGGCAUUAUCAUUACGAUCUGCAGGAGGGGGGCAGUGUGGAGUAUGAGGCUUAUCUCAAUGUUGUGCCGGUCGUGUAUAGGAUCGAUGGGUCCAGGGAUCAGUAGAUACUGUAGCAUUCUGGGAGAGUCGGGUCCGAGAAAUGUACA